AUGUCAUGUAUGGAUAAAGAUGCAGACUUUGAAACCAUAUGUCCUUUGGGAGAAGUUGAGGUAUAAACAGAAUUUGCUCACUGUGAAUCUGUAUUACAUCCCAAAGUCUUGGGUGACAUUCUCUUUGAAGUCCCAUGAGGUUUGACUUUUAUGUUUGAGUGGCAGGGGUCCUUCCUUCUUUGAGAUAUAUUCCUCUUGUUGCCACAUGAAGUUUGUGCCUUUUUUGUUCCUUAAUAUAUGUCCUUUUUUUAUACAUUUAGUUCACCUGUUCAAACAGUAGCACUGAAGAAGGCGAAAUAGGGAGUGAGGUGGUGUUUACAAAACACACUGAAGAUAAGUCCACACAGACAUGUUUUUCAUUUACCUCUGGAGUUGGUGACCAUACUUAUGCCUUUAGCUUUGGAGAUAUCAAUGACAUAAACAAAUUGACGCAGUCUAUACAUGAGCAGCUUGAAGUAAAGGAGGAAAUUUUAGUUAAUCUUCAGAAAAAAGUUGGGCAGCUGCAAAAAGAAAUUGAUGAGUACAAACAAAGGCAAUUUACUCUUGAAAAAUUCAAAGAUGACAAUUCUGCUAUUCAAUUCUACACAGGGUUUCCCAAUUACAAGGCCUUAGUAGCUUUCCAUAAUUACCUUCAACCAAAAGUGGCCAAGCUGCAAUACUGGGGUCCAAAAAAUGUUCCAGACUCUAGACCAUACCAGGGGGAAGGGAAAAAGAAGCCAGGCCCCAAGAGACAAUUAAGUUCUUUAACUGAACUGUUUAUUGUCCUUGUCAGGUUAAAAGUAGGUCUUUUUGUUAGAGAUAUAGCUGACAGAUUUGGAAUUUCUGUAGCAAGCUUUAGUAAGAUAUUUUGUACAUGGAUUAAUUUCUUGUAUCUUGAGUUGCACCAAUUAUUUCCUUUCCCUUACCAGGAAGCAGUGCGGAGAAACAUGCCACGGCAAUUUGCCCUGUACCCUACUACUCGUGCUAAUAUUGACUGCUCAGAGGUUUUUGUGGAGGUGCCAUCCUCAAUGUUGGCCCAGUCACAGACCUGGUCCAACUAA